AUGAACCAUCUUCCAAAUGCUGCCAGUUUGAGGAAUAAUUGCCCAAGAUCUGGUGGAGACCAAAACCUGUUCUUCCUGGACUUUGUGAGCCCAACAAAGUUUGACAACAGCUACUUCAAGAACUUAUUGGCUAACAAGGGUCUGCUUAACUCUGACCAAGUUCUUGUUACAAAGAGUGAAGUAGCCAAGCAAGUGGUUCAGCAAUAUGCAGUGAAAAACGAGCUUUUCCUUGAGCAAUUUGCCAAGUCCAUGGUUAAGAUGGGGAAUCUUUCACCAAUUACAGGUUCAAGGGGAGAGAUCAGAAAGAAUUGCAGGAAGGUCAACUACUCUUGA